CUGCAGUAUCACUGCACUCAAUAAACUUAAAUUCAAUAAAAAACUCCAUCCCAGGAAGUUUCAAAUUCAUCAUUGAACGGUCUUAUACAGAUAUAUUCUCAAGAUCAGGCCCGAAUCCUUACAAUUUUCGAUCGAUCUCUUCAAACUAUAACAACUCAAGGAUACUGAGGAUGUCACUGUGUUCCAGGUUCAGCAACUUUCAAAUACCAAUGCGCCUCAUGGUUCGAAGGUUCUACCUUUCCGUAGCGAGCUUCGACUAAAAGAGGCUGGUCAUCCAUGAUUUCAGGAUCAUAGAUCAAAUCAUUCGAGAGACGAUUCUGGAUCCUAAAGGAACCAGGAAACUUGCUCGAAACGAUGAAGUCCCACUCUAAGCCUGGUUCAUCCAUAAUCGAAGAUACGAGUAUGUUCGACCCGCCGGCAGUACUCACGCGCCGUCCAUUUCCUGUUAAGACCCAGGAAUCGUUGCCAUUCUCGGACUUAGUGAGGCGAAAGUGCUUGACCCACAGGCCGAGAUCGUUUGAAAAUGGAUACGGAGUCGACUGCACAGUCGAAAUCCCUGCUUUGUUCAUGCUGUCUACCAAUGCACGAUUGGUCCUCACGUUGACGAUGUGGAAGACUCCGUCGUCGACGGGAAUGGUGUGUGGCAGAGUGGGCACGGCCAUGCUGGCGAGCGUCCAGUAGAACGUAGGCCCGAGUAUCCGUAGCAAGGUGGAGGUGAAGAUCAAGAACGGAAUGUCUCAACCUGCAGCUGUCGUCGAAUGUAGUCGUGAUGACUGACAAGGCUCAACCGCAUCGUUUAUAAGGCUUGUCACACCUCGUUAAAAGGAUGAAAGGAACUGUGAACGAGAUUCUCG